AUGCCUGGGGUGCCGUCUAAUAAAGCCUGCGAGCGUUGCAAAAAGAGGCAUCUCAAAUGUGAUGAGACUCGCCCUCAUUGUCAGCGGUGCACUACCGCGGGGGUAGAAUGCCCGGGGUAUGUUCAAACCCGCAAGUUCAUCGAUCAAGGAGCCACAGUAAGGCGCCGUUAUGCUCCAUAUCAGGAGCCCCACCCGAAACCAGGUUCUUCAUUUAAUUCAAGCAAGGCCCCUGCGGAGCUGGUAUCAGGCCCAAUGCAGCCAAAAAGCUCGCAAGCAGCGCUCAAUGAGCACAUUUUGCAAUGGAACCAACCUCAAGAGCAAGGUGAUCCUGCUCUUCCAUUGCAGUUAGGGGAGACAAUGUUAAACUCCCCAAAUGAUCCGAUGAUAGUAGAGAUGCAUGGUCCUUCUAGCCAGCCAGAGAUUGCUAUGGGGGGUUCCCAGCAAACAGCUAUGCAUGCCCCAGAAAGCCCAGCUAUCUCUAUUCCUAGCUCCAUCUCUGGCAUCGAGGAAGGCAGCAGAUCUACAAGAAACAGGAUCUAUAAGUCAAUUUCACCAAAUGCGGCAACAGCAGGUUUCCCAGCGUUUGAUAACACCUACAAUGCAAUUCCAAAUAAGAGCCCCGAUUACCAAAGGGUCAUCUCCGAAAGCUCAUCACAUCGAAGUGAAAGAGAGGAAUUCCAAGAUAUCUUCUCGGAGCUCAUGACUGGAACUGAACACGAGAUCGCGUUCCUCACUCGACAUUACUCAGAGACCAUAGGUCCAUGGUUGGAUUUGUCGGAUGCUCAAAAGUUCUUCACCGUCCAUGCUCCUAUUCGAGCCAUCAACAAUAUGUCUGUGAAGUACGCAAUUUCAGCGCUAGCAGCAAAACACCUAGCCCGUUUAAAAGGGGUCAAGUCUUCCACUGGUGGAAUGUUCACGAGCCCUGCGACUACGGAAACCUACCCAAAUGCAACUCAAGUGGACUGGUUCCUCAAGGCUGCCAAUUACUAUUACAUGGCAGCAUCAGAUCUAAAUAACACCACGUCUGAUGGCUAUACCACUGUGUCUAGCUCAGCUAUCUUGGAAUCCCCCUUUGAGAUCGUUGGUCGAUGGAUCAGUUCCCCUCAGACUCAAGCAAUCAUGAAGCCCGCGAGUGAAGAUCCAAACGACGUGGCGGUCAUUCGAAAAACAGAGGAGAUGCUGGCGACCGCCACACUCCUUACCAUGUACAGGCUUAUAGAUAUGCCCGGGGACGAGUGGCACAUGCAACUUGCUCGCAUUCGUCCUUUGUUUGAAUCUCUUCUCAGUUUACAUUCGCCAGUAUCGGCCCUGUUUUCUCAUGGCAUUCAGGCUGCCUUCUGGAAUUUCGCUCGCCAAGAUUAUCUCGGCUCUUAUUUCACCCGAUCACCUACACACUUCGACCCAGAAAAUCUGCCCCUCUGGCGGGCAGCAGGAAUUUCAAUUAAUGAUCAGAAAUCCUUCCAUCUUAUCCGGAAUGGGUCAACUCUAUCACAAGAAGAUCAGGCUGCAAAUGGCUUGAUAUGGCUUGUCACGAAAGUCAUCAACUUUCUCGCCAGGUCUAAACAAUUACAGCUCGCGCAGUGGACAGGAUCUCCGCCGGCAGCUUCAACUGGAAUCCAGGGCGCAACAACAAACACCACUCAACUGCCAUAUCCGGACACAGAUACCUGGCUCAAACUAUGUUUCGAUUUUCAGACAUGGUUUGAAAACGUACCCGAAACGUUCCGUUCCUCUGUGCGGAUCGAACGCCCCAGGGACUUAUCAAAGACUGCCGAUGGAAGUUACUUGCCAUUUCCUGAAAUCUUCCAUGGCUUGACAACCUGUGCUGCUACCAUGCAACAUUACCAUUUCGGGCGCAUCGCAUUGUUGCUCAAUCGUCCGGCAGAUGCGAUCAGUGCGCCGUCUACAGCCUUUGACCGUUUACAGGGAUAUCGGGAGGUCACGAAAGAGGUCGAGUUCCGUUCCCGUGAAGUCAACGGCAUUGCAUUAGGCCGACCCCAGGGUGGAGUUCGCAUAUAUAUGGUCCCGCUUCUUGUCGCCGUCGGACAAUGUUCAGAAAAUACCGAGGAACAUCAGAUUAUUGUUGAUCUGUUACGGGGCGUCGAAGCCGAUUUAGGCUGGACUACCGAAUAUGCUAUUCGGAAACUCCAGGAUUAUUGGAAUCAAUGUCAAUGA